ACUGAUUUGCACUGUAUAAAGUUUGUCCGGGAGACAGAAGCGGUGCAACCAUCCUGUGAAUAUUUUUUCCUCUCUUCAAAGGUGUGUGCCUCCUGCCCCUCCCCCACCACGGCCCUCACCUGUGUGUUGCGGUGCUUCCCCUGCGAGCCGACCUGGGCCGGCAGCCCCUUCCUGCACCGCCCGCCGACCCCGCCCAUGGUCACUAUGACGCGCUCCAAGACCUUUCAGGCCUACCUGCCCAGCUGCCACCGCACCUACAGCUGCAUCCACUGCCGAGCACACCUGGCCAACCACGAUGAGCUCAUCUCCAAGUCCUUUCAAGGAAGUCAAGGUAGAGCUUAUCUGUUCAACUCAGUGGUGAAUGUGGGCUGUGGGCCAGCUGAGGAGAGGGUGCUGCUCACUGGGCUUCACGCUGUAGCAGACAUCUACUGUGAGAACUGCAAGACCACGCUGGGAUGGAAAUACGAGCAUGCCUUUGAGAGCAGUCAGAAAUACAAGGAGGGGAAGUUCAUCAUCGAGCUGGCCCACAUGAUCAAGGACAACGGUUGGGACUAAACAAGCCGUGAGGAGUGUCGAUGAUUUGUGCUGGGAGGGGGGGGGGGG